ACGGUGCAGAUAUCGAAACGUUUUUCCCCAACACUUCAUCCCCGUCGUCUCCUCCGUCCCCUCUUCUCCAGCGUCCGAUCUCCGUCCUCCGCUCCCCGACCACACCUCAUCACCCAAAAAAUUCCAAAAAAAAAAAAAAAUCCCACACCGAUCUCCUCUUUCUCUCUCACCCCCCCUCGCGCGCGCUAAAUACAAAUUCACCAAUCACAGGGCUCUCCCGCGAUGGCGGACGCUCCGGCGAGCCCGGGCGGCGGCGGGAGCCACGAGAGCGGGGGGGACGGGAGCCCCCGGUCCAACGUGCGGGAGCAAGACCGCUUCCUCCCCAUCGCCAACCUUAGUAGGAUCAUGAAGAAGGGUAUCCCCGCUAAUGGGAAAAUCGCCAAGGAGGCGAAGGAAACGGUGCAGGAGUGCGUUUCUGAGUUCAUCAGCUUCGUCACCAGCGAGGCGAGCGAUAAGUGCCAGAGGGAGAAGAGGAAGACUAUCAACGGCGACGAUCUGCUGUGGGCGAUGGCGACGCUGGGUUUCGAGGACUACAUCGAGCCGCUGAAGCUGUACCUGCAGAAAUAUAGAGAGCUGGAGGGGGAUAGUAAGUUGGGUGCUAAGGGCGGAGAUGGCUCUAUUAAGAAAGAUGGGGGGGUUCUUCUGCUUGGUGGGGCUCAGCAAGGCUCAAGCACCCAAGGGCUGAGUCAACAAGGACUUUACAAUCAAGGCAUGAAUUACAUGCAACCUCAGUAACCGGCGAUGGAUCGUUAUUCGCAGAAGGCGCUGAGUUACUGGGCCAUAGUUAUCAAGCUAGACCCGACCCAACAAGUAUGGCAUUUGCCUCUGGUUCUCCAUUGUACUCUUGUUCUCGUAAUUUGGUUGGGUAAUAUGGUGCAAUUUUUUUCCCCUUGCUUCUGUAUAUACUUUAGACAUCAUGCUUUUCUUUUUUAUUUUAUUUUUUUCUUGUGAUCGCGAAACAUUAAAAAAAAAAAAAAAAAAGAGGAUGAUGAUAUGUACGAGUGGAGUUAUUAGGAAAUUGUUGCUGUUUUCAUUAUUGUGGUCACAUAGCAUUAUAAUUUUGUUAGGACUUUCGAUGGUUCAAUGUACUUGUGUGUGAUGACCCGAA